CUCACUGGCUUUGGUGGUGCACAAGCGGUGCAGUGUGCAUGCGUUAACGCUUUAGGGUAAGGGUUAGGAUUACGCGUCUCUGAUUGCUCUUCUGUUCUCUCACGACGGAAGGUGCAUCCAAGAUGAGCAGCCAGAUGGACCAGCAGCAACAGCGCAUACCCUUCCGAGAAUUGCCUACGAGGCCGAAGAUGCCGUUACCGCCGCGGUGGCUCACGUUGGAUGACACCAGCAGGAACAUCGUCAACAUACACAGCAUGGUCAAUGGGGUAUGCCAGCUGUACAGGCAAGAGGAGAAUGCAACCAAUGAGUUGAUCCGGACGUUCGAGACACGGGACGACGACGUGUUCGUGUGCACAUUCUCCAAGUCGGGCACAACCUGGGUGCAGCAAAUUAUCACACUGCUGCUCAACGGGGGUGUUCAGGGCGAGAAGUCCUACAGCGAAGCCGUCCCGUGGAUGGAGUGGCUAACGUUCAAGUUCGGGGAGCACGAAGACCCUGCCAUCCGGGACGCCGAGGCCAAGGGCUGGACGCUCGAGACGAUAAAAUCGACUCCGGACAGACGAUUCAUGAAGACGCACGCCAACCUCAGAAACCUUCCUGCUGGAUCGGCGAAGGACCUCAAGGUGAUAUACGUAGCACGAAACCCCAAAGACGUGUGCGUUAGCCUCUACCACCACGUGAAGAACAAGCGACCGGACACUUUCAGCGGAGAUUUUUCGGAUCACCUCCGCAGUUUUGUCGAGGGAAGUCAGAUGAACGGUCCGUGGUUUGACCACGUCUUGGAGUGGUGGGAGGCGGCCAACGCCGAUCCGGAGCACAUUCUGUUCUUGCACUACGAGGCCAUGCUGGCAGAGCCACAAGAGCACAUCCGGAAGAUCGCGGACUUCGCUGGCAUCUAUUACACGCCGGAUAUCCUUGCUAAGGCGGACGCGGCUUCGUCACUCUCGGCCAUGAAGCGAAACCCUAAGACGAACUUGUACCCCUCGAAGAAUCACCUGCGGAAAGGAGGAGCAGGGGGGUGGCGGGACUCAUUCACGGUGCGGGAGUCGGAGGCGUUUGACGAGAUCUACAGGGAGCAGAUGGAAGGAUCCGGUCUUCGAAUGGACUUCGGGGAGGGAUUGGUCAUGUGAUCCUGCUGUAUGGCUGAUUCGUGCCCUUCCUGCUUGACAUGGCCGGCGUCAAAGUGCCGCAUGUGUGACCAAUGUAAUCGAUCGGACGUUUCGAUUCCUGGGGUUUCACGACCUUUCGGUAGCCUCGCCAGAAAUAUCGCAUUUGUCACGGGUGGGUAUCACUAACGUUUCAAUAUCCGGAAUGGCACGGAGGAGACGUGCUUCGCCGUCGUAUCUCAUUCGUGUCCCGUAUUUUUGUUUGCCGUGUCCAUGCAAACCGCGCAUAGUGCUCUUGUCGUUGUAUUGUGAAAUGCGAUGUUAGUUGUCUUUGUUGAUGAUUUUUUUUGUUGCUUUGUUGGACUUGGUUUCGCGUGUCGUGCGGAAGCAAUGGCCGUCCACUUUCUAACGUAUCCAUUUAUCUGAGAGGCCGCCUGGGAUGACUGUCUGCCUGCUGGAUGGGAUGUCUGACUGUUUCGGGGCGCUCCCUUUUCUUGUUUCUAGAACGUUGUGUUUUUUUAUUAUUUCUAGAACGUUGUGUUUGUUUGCUUGUACGCGUAUAUGCCCUCAGU